CUCCACGCCCCAAACGAGCCCCAGCAUGGAACACUUCCGAGCUGUAGGACCUCAUCAGUGUUUGGGGUGAGGAAGCUGUGCAGUCACAGCUGUGCUCCAGCUGUAGAAAUUAUGAUACCUAUGGCCAGAUAUCAAAGUCCUUGCUGCUAAGGGGCCAUGAACGGGACGCGUUGCAGUGCAGGGUACAAGUAAAGGAGCUGCAGAGUGCCUAUUGCAAAGCCCGUGAGGGAAAUCGCCGCUCAGGAGCUGCCCCCAUGUCCUGCCGUUUUUACAAGGAGCUGGAUGCCAUACUUGGGUGUGACCCCACUGCCAAUCCAAGGAACACGAUGGAGAGUUCAGAGCAGGGAGAAGUGGGGGAGGGUGUAGAGGAAGCCAAGAGUGAGGCUACUGGGGUGGAGGGAGACACCCCGGAGUCCCAGGAGGCAUGCAGCCAGGAGCUCUUCUCAAGCCAGGAGGAGGCUAGCCAGUCACAGCAGCUGGAACUUGUUGAGUUCAGAGCAGGGAGAAGUGGGGGAGGGUGUAGAGGAAGCCGACAGUGAGGCUACUGGCAUGGAGGGAGACACCCCGGAGUCCCAGGAGACAUGCAGCCAGGAGCUCUUCUCAAGCCAGGAGGAGGCUAGCCAGUCGCAGCAGCUGGAAGUUGCUGGUGAGGAAGAAGCUGAGGAGUGUGCUCGGGUGACCUUGACUAAUGCAGCCGGAUCACCGGCCUCACGUCGCUUGCAGAACUUGAGAAAAAAUCCGCGAAAAUCAAAAGAAGAAUUGAUCAAAGCAGUUAUGAUUCACUACAACAGAGAAAGUAGGAAGACGCAGGAAUGGAGAGAGAAAAUGUAUGAGUGGAGGCAAACAGAAAGCAGGAGAAAGGAAUUGGCUACCAAAAAAACCUCAAAGCAGAUGAUAAGCCUCCUGGCUCGCCAAACUCAGUCUUUCGAGUCUCUCGUAGCCAUGCAGGCAGAUCUGUACCGUGGUAACCCACACCCCUCCCAAAGCUCUCUUUCCUGUUCCCCAGUAUUUGCACAAAACACCUUUCUCCAGCAGCCAGUUUCUUAUUACCCCCAGCUGCCCCCAACACCUGUACGAUCACCUACCAGCCCUGAUAACUACAAUUCUUACCCUGUGCACUCCACCCCCAUUACCGGGCAGCAUAGUAAUCCUGAAGUGCAGCAGACAUUGAACAGUAAUCCAAACAGGACAUAUUCAAACCUCUGAAUGUACAGUCCACCACCCUAACCCACCUGGCCUUUUAUGUACUGUACUUUGAAUAAA